AUGACUUCUCCUGCCAUACCCGAAUGCGACUUGUGCUCCGAACCAAUUAAAAUCAGAGUUCUUUUGCCAUGCAACCACAACAACAUAUGCUUGCAAUGCUUUAUCAGGUUUAAUCGCAAUUAUGGUGGAAAUCAUUGUUAUUUCUGCCAGAAACCAAUUGAGCCUAGUCAAGAACCAGUCGCAGUCACAGAUAUGAGCCUUGACUACGAAUCAGCGCGCAAAUUAAAGCCAAAAUUUAAUUCUCAAUUUAAUUUAUAUUACACAGAUGAUAUUGCCCUAGAUGCACUUAAGCAACUAUACGAAUUCCAAUGUCCAGAGUGUAAAAUGGUCUUACAAAACAUCGAUUUAUUCGCUUCUCACAUGAAAUCUCAUCAUAUGAAUGUCUGCUGCAUCUGCUUCAACAGCGGACGCUAUCCACCUGAGGCAUGCCCAAUCUUCCAACGUGCAGCCUAUUACGAACAUUUGAAGCAACAUCCUCGCUGUAUUUGCUGCAAUCAAGUUUGUUUCGACGCAAUGACUCUUGCCAACCAUAUGCGCGAGAAGCAUGUUCGUUGCGAGCUUUGUGCCAAACAAAAUAACGUCUUAUGGUUCAAUAAUUCCGCAGAUCUUAUCGAACAUAACGAAAAACAACACUUUGUGUGCCAUCAUCCCGAAUGUUCAUCAGAGAAUCUCAUCGCAUUCCUUACACGCGGCGAAUUACUCAUGCAUCUCCAGAAAGUUCAUGGAGAAAGAGACGUCGAAAUCGAUAUCACACGAGAUUUCAACGAUAACCACGUUCAGCAGCCAGAUGACUCACGCGAAAGGAUGAUACAACUUAACAAGAAGCUCAUGAACAGAUUGAACGACUGUUUCAAGAAUUCUCCAGAAUCAAUCAAGAGAUUGAGAAUUUACGCGAAGAAACUGAUCGAAAACAAGAUCGAUUGCGAAGAAUUCUACAAGAACUUCUCAGAAAUAUGCGGCGACCAGAAGAACUUAGUUUUCUGCGACAUGGUCGCUUCGAUGCCUGACCCGAGGAAGAGGGCAGAGCUCUUUAGAAUACACAACGGAAUUGCCACUCUUGAACACUCAAGACUACCUCCAAAAUCGAAGUCAAUUAACGCUUUGAACAAAGUUGAGAAAAAGUCGCAUAUUCCUACCUCCCAUUCACAGGAACAGCCAUCAGAAGAGCCUCCAAAGAGAGAAGAACCACCUCAACAGACAGCUGGCAAUGGAGGAGGCGGAAGAAAGAAGAAAGGAAAGAAGAUCGUGAUUUCGAUGUUUUAA